AUUUUUUUUUUUUCCUUUGCAUUUUUGGCUUUGGGAUGAAUGAAGAAUUUUUCUCAGCAAAUUAUUAAUUACUACUUCUUGCCUAUCGAAUUGAGUUCACUGUAGUUCUGUAGGAGUCAAUGGUAUUCAAACUGCAGCUUUUGAUGAAGUAAUCAGCCGCUUCUGGGGCCUCUUUCAGCUGCCCUGGGCGUGCUUCACAUGUAAACGACGGCCAAAUGGAUUCUUUCGACAUUCCAGCCAAUUAAAAUACAUUUAAAGUGCAGCUGGUGGAGAGGCAAGCCCGGCGAUUGUGCUGCAGUGAAACUUCAGGGCAGAGAGACCAAAAACAAACUUUGUGGAACCUAGCUGGGGCAGCCCCGCCAGGCGUUUGGGGGGCAGUGGAGAAAGUUCCCCCAAAGAGGCUAUCUUUAGUUCCUGUCAGCAUCAAAGAUGCUACUUUGAGCACCACCUUAAAAGACACAAAAGAGAGAAGCAUGUUUGCUAGGGUGUCAGUUUUCUCCCCUUGCCUCUUGAAACUCAGCAUUGGCUGGUUGCCCAAUGUGGUGCCGCAUACAAAUAUUGACAGAACACAGCGGUGUUUGUUAAACCCGGGCUGGGGAAGCCAGUGAUUAAAACUCUCGACGGAAGAUCCGCAAACCCCAGGAACUCUCCUCAAUAGCCUUAGAACAUUGACCGAAUGAAAAAGAAAAGCACUGAGUGGGCUAAAGGGAACCAUUCACCGUCACUGACUGCUAUGUCUUUUAGUGACCCAGGCAACAGAAGGGGGACUCUCAUAAACCACAAAGGAAAAUAAAUAACCUCACCCAUGGAGGGAAAGAGACAGCUUGAGAAAAGGGACUUUGGAAAAAGGCUCUCUCUAGAUAGCAGUCUCAUGGAUUACCUGGACUCCAAUAAAUACAUUGAACAUCUGCUAACUCAGCUUGAGGAGCAGCACAGAAGUCUCUGGAGGGAGAAGCUGGCUGUGGCCCGACUGCAGAGAGAAGUUGCCCAAAGACGAAGUGAGGGGGCCAUGCAUGAGAAGCUGAUACAUGAAUUGGAAGAGGAGAGACACUUACGUCUUCAGAGUGAGAAGCGGUUGCAGGAGGUGACACUGGAGUCUGAGAGGAACAGAAUUCAGAUGCGUGGCCUGCAGCAGCAGUUCUCCAGGAUGGAAGAAACAGUACGAAAUCUAUUGCAGAGUCAAGGAUCUCCAGAACAGAAAAAAGAAGAAACUGUUAAUAUAAUGGUCUAUCAGGAAAAACUGUCAGAGGAAGAGAGAAUACACAAAGAGACUUUGGAAGACUUCCGCAUGGUGGUAGACGAGGAUUCAAGGAGUGACGGCAGCAGUGCAGACGAGGGCAGAGAAAAGACAAAAGUGCUGUUAGAAAGAUUGAAAGCUCUAGAGGCAGAGAAUUCAGCGUUGGCUUUGGAAAAUGAAAAUCAAAGGGAACAGUAUGAGAGGUGUCUUGAUGAGGUAGCCAACCAAGUUGUGCAAGCUCUGCUCACUCAAAAGGAUCUAAGGGAGGAGUGUGUAAAGUUGAAAACAAGAGUGUUUGAUUUGGAACAACAGAAUCGAACACUCAGCAUCCUGUUCCAACAGCGAGUCAGACCAGCUUCUGAUCUGCUCCUCCAGAGAUUAUCUUCUAGGCAUCUUGACCUUUCAUCCGGGGAUUUGCUCUCAGAUGUGGAAAGAAGCCAAAGUCUGACGCAUUCAGGAGCUGAUGUUGAGACGCACGAAUGCCAGCUAAACUCAAAACCAGGAGCCCCUGCUUUGAAAUGCUCUGGCAUAGGGGUUGCCAUCCCUGGUCAUCUCUGUCCUCGAAACAGCUGCAGCAGCAGCGAACUAUCUCUUUCGAGCACCUGCAGCGAAUACUCCAGCAGCUCCUCCUACACAUGGCAUGAUGGGAAGAACGUCAGGAAAAAGUCAUCACAAAAUUGGGACAAAAGAUUGAGUAUUGACUCCUCGCUCCUGAGUGGCUUCGCUAGUCCUACAGAUGAACUACCUCCGACUCGUGUCAAGGAAAGCCACAUUCUGGAAGGAUUAAGAAAGCUCCAGAAGCGGAAAGUAUUACUUGAACCCCCAUCAGUGAUAACCAAAUGGGGUUAUAAAGAUUGCAUGAACUCAAAUGAAGGAAUCUAUUCUCCAGGAAUUAAAAGUAGCAGCCUCAAGGAAUACGCCCCCUGCAAACCCAGGGACACGGGCAGCCCCUGCAAGGAGCCCCAGCAGGCAUUUGUGUAUGACACAGAUUCUCAUGACGAUGCCGAGGAGGACCCUUCCUCCUUAGCCUCGCUCCAAGCAGCUCCAAAGCAGAGCUGCAGGCUGCAUGGUUGUAAAUUAACCCACAGUGUUUCUGACAGUCUCUUUGGCUGGGAGCUGAAUGGCAGACACUGUUCAGAAAUCCCUUCCUCAGUCCACCCCAGGGAAAGGCCUGAGAAGCUGACCAGUUGCACCUCCAACAGUCCCUUGGAGCAGAAGCUGCGGGCAAGUGCACAGGGGCCUCAGGUAUACAGAGGGAGGGGCCCCCAGAGCCAGGGCUGCCUGGCUCUCAAUCUCCAGCUCUCGGACACCGAUGACACUGAAAGCCUGGAUGAGCUGCACAUAGCGAGCAGUGAUGAGAAAAGCCCUUCAGACGUGUCUUUGAUGGUGGACACUGACAAGUCCAUGGAGAACCUGGACAUCCUCAUCAGAAAAUCUCAACCUGGGUCUCCUGAGGAGGAGGAGGAAAAACAAGUGCCCGUCCAUUUAGAAAGCAGGCCAAAGACGUUUAGUUUCAUCAAGCAGCAAAGGGUUGUAAAAAGGACUUCCUCGGAAGAAUGUAUUACUGUCAUAUUCGACGCGGAAGAUGGUGAGCCCAUUGAGUUUAGCUCUCACCAGACGGACGUUGUUACUGUUACCAGAAAGGAAAUUUCCAUCAAUCAGGCCCCUUCCGGACCCCAGACAGAAUGCACUGAACUUUUACCUCAGGGAAUUGCUCAUUUGCAGCCAGGGGCUGCUGGGAGAAAUUAUUCUUUCUUGAAAAAAUCUGAAGAGGAAACUGAGAAAAACAUUCCAAAAGAUGAAGCUGAUGAUGUUGCCAUGGCACCCACUGAAUCUUUCCGCCCCAGGACAGUGACACAAAAUACUCAGCGACAAAGACUGGCUAGACCAGCACAUGCUACAUCGUGCCAGAGUAAGUCUAAGUCCCCUGGGUCCACGGGCAUCUACCAGAAGAAAAGUCUGACAAAAAUACCUACCAGGGGCAAGUCUUCACCUCAGAAAUCAAAAAUAAUGGCGCCCGAAGCCUCUGCAACAGUCCCCUCGAUGGGCCCAGUGAUUCUUGAGAAAUUGCCAGCUCCAGGGAAACUCUCACAGUUCAAAAAGACUGAAGGCCCAGCACUCCUCUUUGAUUUACAGCCAGAAUCACACAUUCCAAAACACCAUACCCAAGCUCCUCAUGGCUCCAAAGUGUCCAGCAGAAGGCACUGGGUCCAGUGCUCCAAGGGUCAGAUUACAGCAUCACAGUUGCUGUCAAGGCCCCCCACGGAACUGAGGGAGGACUGCGAGCCCCCAACGAGGGAUAAACACUGUGACCCGGGACCAGAGGCUGGGGUGAAAUCGCCCUCCCCCCCAUCCCCUCCAGGCAGGUCGGUGUCCCUCCUCAUCAGACCCAGUUGUGACUAUUGGCUGCCACCUUCAUCCACCAAGCCUGAAACCAGGGUCCCCCAGGAAACAGCUAGAACAGGAUUUAAAUCCCCUCCUCUGAAAGGAUCCUCUGGUCCUGUUAUUUAUUUUCAUCAGACCAUGACAGAAGCGCAGGGGAAGAAACCUUCUGUGGCCUUCAAAAAGCCUGUCUUCACUCCCGCUCCGCCCUCUGCAGAAACAGUGGUCCAAGCCAGAUGCUCUGCUCACACCCCCUCCAGCUCAUUUGCUGCCAUGGCCCCAGGGCCCCCAAUCUCUCCAAAGAGAAGUGUCCCCAAAAACCCACCUCACCCAGCACUUGGGACCACACCAACAGACACAGGGUUACGAACUCCCAGGAAUUGUCCUUCCACCCACACGCUCCUGGAAAUACCAUCCUCCAAAAGCCUAUCUCCAGGAAAAAAGGGACAAUUGAACAACAGUGUCUCCACAUCACCCAAGCCUUCCCUCUUAGGGGUAAAUGAGUCACCAUCAUCUCAGGUUAACAGUCCGGCAUCCUCAGCAUCCUCCAAAAGCCAUAACCCCCCUCAUGGUGGUCCAAACCCCCAUGAAAGAGGACUAAAAACUCGCCUCCCAGUGGGGCUCAAAGUUUUCAUGAAGUCUCCACAGCUUCUCAGGAAAAGUUCCACGGUGCCAGGGAAACAUGAAAAAGACAGUUUAAAUGAAGCCUCAAGAAGUUCCGUGGCUGUGAGCCAGGCUAAGCCAGAGGCCUCCAGGAAUCCCAGCAGCCCUGAGAUCACAGGAACUGAAAGAAAUGUGUCUCCACUGGCUUUACAAGCACAAGGUAGUGUGGCCGGAGGGCUUCCCUUGGACACGGCAAUGGUGGAGUUGAUGGAAAGUGGCAGGCCUGGGGCCGAUGGGAAAGAUGGGGUAGAAACCAGGUCGGUGAAGAUAUCCCUCUCCUCCAGCAAACCACACCUCAAACCAGCUCUAGGCAUGAACGGAGCCAAAGCCCGUAGCCAGAGUUUCAGCGCCCACUCAGGAGACAAGUCCCCCACACCCCCCAUGGAAGGCCCUGGCAGAGUCCGAACUCAGAUUAUUACCAAUACAGCUGAAAGAGGCAGUUCCCUCACCCGGCAGAGCUCCUCGCCGGAAGGCUCACCCAACAAGGCCACGUCUGCCCCCACAUCCGAUGAUCUCCCCAGCACUGGGAGGCCCCCAGGGCACCCCUCCUCCAGGCACGGCUCCCUGGAGAGCACAGGCAGCUCCAGCAGCCAGCAUGGGAGCCCAAGCAAGCUGCCUUUGAGGGCCCCUCCAAAAUCCGAAGGGUCCCUUGCCCCACCUGAAAUGGGAGACCCGCAGGCCUGUCCCCAGGGAGAAAGCCCCGGGUUGCCUGCACCUGAGGAACCAGGUGGUGACCGUUGCAGGUGCCCACCUGCCCCACGAGACAACCCUCGAGCCCUGCAGAGUCCUGGGAGGACACAGCCUCCCGGCAGUUUUGAAACAAGCAGGACCUCCAAGCUAGAAACUUCUGGAAAGGAUCCAGACCCUUCUACAACCAGGACCGGUGUCAUGAGCCCAGAAGCCCCCCUCUCACCCACAAUCGAAGAAAAGGUCAUGUUGUGCAUUCAGGAAAAUGUGGAGAAGGGCCAAGUGCACACAAAGUCCACCUCUGUGGAAGCAAAGCUGAAGCCAGGGCCUUCUUUUGCCAGCUGGUUCGGUUUUCGGAGGAGCAGACUGCCAGCUCUCAGUAGCAGGAAGAUGGAUGUCUCCAAAACCAAAGCAGAAAAGAAAGAUGCAAAAGGUUUGGGGUUUGGAAACAAACAGCUAAAAUCAGAGAGAAAAAAAGAGAAGAAGAAGCCUGAGCUCCAGUGUGAAAUGGAAAAUGAACUAAACAGGGACAUCGAGUUGGCCGAUGGUCCUGAAAGUGGUUUACAAUGCAGAAAUAACCUGAAAACACCACCAGACAUUUAUGACCAAAUGAAAUUUGAAUCAAGAAAUAGACCCAGCCCUGCUCCAGGUUCAACAAAAGAUUCCUUUAUGACAGAACUUCUGAACAGAGUUGAUAAGAAAGCAGCUCAACAGACAGAAAGUGGAUCAAAUAAUGUUUCCUGCAGAAGCAUGUUAAAGGGCAGCUCCCAGGGCCCCUGUCUCCCCAGCAGCUCUAUCAGCACUCAGGGAAACCACAGGAAGAACAUCAAAACCAAAGCUGAUAUGGACAUACCGAAGGGUUCCCUGAUAAAAGAGGCAAAUGAAGACCUGCCAGAGGAUGAAGACACAGUUGCUGAUUCUGCAUUUCAGAGCCAUGCCAUAGAAACAAACUGCCAGAUGAGGACACUGGACAGUGGAAUUGGAACCUUCCCACUCCCAGACUCAGGAAAUCGCUCAACGGGACGAUACAUGUGCCAGCCAGACUCCCCCGAGGAUGCUGAGUCCCUCCUGCCUCUCCAGCCAGCCCUUUUUGCAGCUUCUUCUGUAAAAGCCCAGACCCUUGAACGAGAAGUGCCUUCCUCUGCAGACAGCCAGAGCUCUGCAGAAAACACCAUUGUCCAUUCUACAUCCGACCCCAUUGUGACUGCCAGAAGGAUGCUCCCUCUUCAAAGUCGCCUCCCCAAACCAGCCUCCUCUGGAAAAAUCAAUUCUCAGAUGGAGAAUGAAGCCGAGCCAGGGCCUCAGACUUGCUCGUCGUUCGAAUAUGCUGAAAACACAACGGUCAGUGGGCCACUUCCAGCCUGGGGGGCUGACAGUGCUGCUGCAGAGACCCAGGACAAGUUACCCAGAAUGUGUGCAUACUCUGCCAGCGGUGGCAGUGAUAGUGACAGUGACCCGGACUAUGGAAAUAAUGGUUUUGGAGCCGGAGGGUUUGGAGCCAGAAGGGGCAAAUUAGUGAAAACCAUGAAGAGCGCCACCCCAGGUAACAUAUGCACAGCGGGCCCCAGGACAUUCAGGGCUCCUCUCUCUCUCAUGGAGCCGCCAAUCACACCUUUCACUGGGCUCUGCCUGCACCCCACUUUGCUUUGA